AUGCCACCGUCUAUUCAGCCUUACACCGGGAAAUCUCCUAUAGCCAACAUUUCAGACGGGCAGUUUAAGACGUUGGUAGAACAAGCAGUGGACGCUAGGAAACUCUCUUACAGUCCUUAUUCGCAUUUCGCCGUUGGUUGUGCUAUUCUAACCGAAGAUAACCAAAUAGUCAUCGGUUCAAAUGUGGAAAAUGCCAGCUAUGGAGCAGCCAUCUGUGCCGAGAGAACUGCCAUAGUAAAAGCUGUGACGUCGGGUCAUCUACUGUUUAAAGCGUUGGUGGUUUCAACCAAUUCCGAUUCAUGUUCAUCACCUUGUGGGAUCUGUCGACAGGUGAUCCGGGAGUUUUCUGGACCGGAUCUAAAGCUCCCCAUAGUAAUGCUCGAUAAUAAAGGUGAGAAGCUUGUAGUGAUGAGUAUUGAAGAAUUGCUUCCAGUUAGCUUUGGGCCCGAAGACCUUGUAGAUUAA